GACAUUCUGAUAAUUCCUGUAAAGAAUUAUUAUCACAAUUAAGGCUACAACUAGUAAUUAGACUUUUUUCUAUAACUCCUUCACAAGCUAAUUGUGAACAAAACUUCUCAACAUUAAAAUGGCUUUUAGGUGAUCACAGAACUAGAAUGAAUAUUACAAAAUUAGAAGGAAUGGCAAAGGCUAGAUCAUAUUAUUUAUCUAAUAUUUGUAAUGAACUUAAAUAUUAUAGAAAAGAAUUAACUGAAAAUGAUAUAAGAAGUGUAAUUAAUAAUACAAAUAUGGGAGAUAUAUUAGAAUUGGAUAAUGAAGAAAGUGAAAUAGGUAUUAAUAAUAAUAUCUUAAAUAAUAAUUAUAAUAAUUCUUUAAUUAUUGAGAAUAUUAUUGAUUUAAAUAAUUUUGAAAAUGAAAAUGAGAUAUCAAAUGAAAUUAAUGAUGAUGAAAUGGGAACUUUAGAUUAUAAUCCUGAAGAUAUAAUAAAUAAUUUUUUAUUUGAUGAAUUAAAUAAAAGAAAUAAUGAAUUGGAAUUAAAUGAAAUGGAAUUAAAUGAAAGAAAUAAUGAAAUUGAAUCAAAUUAA